AUGACAAAAGAUGUCGAACGCGAACGCUCAAGCGAUGAAUCUGAUUCUUCGAAGGACGAACAUCUCACAGAAAAUGAAAUGGAUAUUUCUAAUUCUCUUGUAAAAGAACUGGAAAUUGACCUUUCGUCCGGAGAACAAGAGGAAGACGUGUUUAUUUCAAAGCAAAUUCAAGCCAAAAAUCGAAAAAAGAAAAAAUCUGGAGGCUUUCAAUCAAUGGGUACUAAACCUCAACAAGCAAUAUUACACAAGGGAUACAAAGUCCCAACACCAAUACAGCGUAAAACAAUACCGUUGAUUAUGGACGGACGAGAUGUUGUUGGUAUGGCAAGAACAGGUUCCGGGAAGACGGCUGCAUUCUUGAUACCGAUGUUGGAAAAAUUAAAAGUUCAUUCGGCAAAGGUUGGCGCGCGAGCGAUUAUCCUCUCUCCAUCGCGCGAGCUGGCAUUCCAGACUCGAAAAGUAUGUGCAGAACUUUCCAAAUAUACAGAUUUGAGAAGUUGCAUAGUAGUUGGGGGUGAUAGCCUGGAAGAACAGUUUGAGAUAAUUGCGGGAAAUCCAGACAUGUACUUUUUAGCAACUCCGGGGCGUCUUCUCCAUUUGAUCGUGGAAAUGGAAAUGGAACUUAGGACUGUUGAAUAUAUAGUAUUUGAUGAAGCCGAUCGGCUAUUUGAAUUAGGAUUUUCCGUUCAAUUACACGAAAUACUAUACAAACUACCUCAUUCCAGGCAGACAUUGCUUUUUUCGGCCACUCUUCCCAAAUCCCUGGUGGAUUUCGCAAAGGCUGGACUGCAGGAACCGACUUUGGUGCGAUUGGAUGUCGAUACAAAAAUAAGCUCUGAUUUGGAGAUGGCAUUCUUUUCUGUGAAACAAGACGAAAAAGAGGCUGCUUUACUGUACAUUCUUCAUGAAGUUAUAAAAGUUCCCAUCAUCACCAAGUCGGCCUCGGAGAUAGCUGGCAACGCUUCAAAUAAUGAUUCGUCGCGCACGGGAGAACAAUCAUCGGCCUUGCAUCAAACAAUUAUAUUCGUUUCAACAAAGCAUCACGUAGAAUAUAUAGCUCAACUUUUGUCUCUAUAUGGAUAUCAAACUUCCUACAUAUAUGGUUCACUUGAUCAGACUGCGCGAAAAAUUAAAAUCAACAACUUUCGUUGCGGUCGAACCAAUAUUUUGGUUGUGACGGAUAUUGCAGCUCGUGGAAUUGAUAUUCCAGUUUUGGAAAACGUUGUUAACUAUGACUUUGUAGACAGUAGUAAAAUUUUCGUUCACCGAGUUGGAAGAACAGCUAGAGCCGGUAGGCGUGGAUUUGCCUAUUCUUUGGUGACUUCCGAGGAGCUCCCAUAUUUACUAGACCUCCAACUGUUUCUCGGUCGUCGCCUAUUGAUUGGUUCUUCAAACACCUUAACGCCCGAUUACACCUCUGACAUAAUCGUUGGAUGUUUUCCACAUGCUUCUUUUGAUCCGUACGUUGAAUGGGCAAAGGAAAAACUACGAGGGAUUCUCAACCUCAAGUCCCUAUGCGAAGUUUCCAAAAAUGGCUACAAGUUAUUUUGUAAAUCCCGACCGUCGGCCGCUCCGGAAAGUUAUAAGAGAGCAAAGGAAAUUAUGAUGAUGAAUAAUUACGUUGAUGUUCACCCACUUUUUGCAAGUCAAGUCGAUGCCAACGAAAAGAAUCGCUUAGGAUUCCUAAGUUCAAUCUCGAAUUUUCGUCCUCAAGAGACAAUAUUUGAGAUAGGCAGUCGUGGUAACCGAAAAGCAUCUUUAGCAGCACGCAUAAUGAAACAACAUAGGGAAGCCGUAUCAAAGAAAGUAAAAGCCCAUAGGCUCGAUCACUCGAGCACCAUCGAAAACUUGGACUCUGCUAAUGAAGAAGAGUCGAAAAACGACGAAAUUAAGAAGAGAAAAUCGGAUGAUAUGGUGGAAACUCGCACGUCAUUUGUUGAGGAAUCACAAAAGGUAGUCAUGGAUACUCGAGAUGAUGAACUCACCAAUGGUAUAAGCAGAAAGAAAGAGGGAUUGCGAUGGGACAACAAGAAGAAGAAUUUUGUCCGAGGCAGUGGAAUUGGAUCGGAUAAUAAGAAACUUAUUAAAACUGAAAGUGAUCCGCUUGCUAAAGACUAUGAAAAGAAAAAACGGAAACUUUCGAAAAGAUCUGGAGGUGAUGGGUUGAGUAGCGGUAAAGGUUCAAGUAAUUCCAAACUCAAUAAUGAACUAAGGACUGCGGAACAGAUUCAUAAGCAGAGGAAAUUAAAAGAAAAGCGAAGGGUAAAAAACGCAAGACCCAGUCGAAAGGGGAAAUUCAAAAGAUAA